AGCAAAACCCUGUUUUCACAAUCCCAUUUCUUCUCUCUAGGUCAUUAUUUGUUCCCAAUUUUCUGAUCAAAAGGUUUCUGUCGAGCUUUUCUUAAUGGCUACUCUAGUUUCUAAGACCCAUCCCAGGAAUUAUCUGGUCUUCCUCAUCAUCAUCUCCUUUCUGUCAAUCUCUCUUUUCUUCAUCAAAGCACAAGGUUCUCUUCUUUCUACUAAUUCCCAGCCCUUUCAGCACUUCAAUCGCAGCAAAGACCCUGUUUGUGAAGGUUUGCGGAAUUUAAAAGACUACAAAUCGAUCUGCUCAUUCCUCAAGUCCAAUAAACCAUGCGUCUCUCAAGGCUUUCUUGACUAUCUGAAUCUCUUCUAUUGCAUUUGUGGGCGAUGGCCUUCUUUGGGCUAUUCUAUUCUAUCACUUUGGCUUAUUGUGUUGUUUUACCUUCUUGGAAACACAGCUUCUGAGUACUUCUGCUCUUCUCUUGAGAGCUUAUCAAGGGUUCUGAAGCUCUCUCCUGCCAUAGCUGGAGUCACUCUUCUUUCUCUAGGAAACGGUGCACCUGAUGGGUUUGCUAGCCUAGUUUCCUUCACAGGAACUGGAGCUCGCCGUGUGGGGCUGAACAGUGUCGUUGGGGGUGCUCUCUUUGUUUCCUGUGUAGUAGUUGGAAUCAUAAGCACUUUCAUGGGACCUCAUCAGAGUUCAAUCGAUAAGUCUGAUUUUGUAAGAGAUAUUUGCUUCUUGCUUUUAGGAGUUGUUUCAUUAACUUCUAUUGUGAUAAUUGGAGCAAUCAAUAUUUGGGGAGCAUUAGCUUUUGUUUCUCUGUAUUUCUUUUAUGUGCUUGUUGUCUAUUUCAUGCAUUUCAAUCGGAGGAAGAACACAGAGGACUUUGGGAUCAAUUCUAGUGGGGAAUUGGGUAUACCCAUUUUAGAAGAUUGUGAAAAGGAUGAAAUUCGUGUAGUAGGGAGAGAUGAUCUUGAAGGUUCUUGUCAUAAAAAAGAAGCAGCUUGUUGCAGAGCUUCUUUUGGUAGGUUAUGGUCAGUUGUAAGGCUACCUCUGUACUUACCAAGGAGAUUGACCAUUCCUGUUGUUUGUGAGGAGAGAUGGUCCAAGCCCUUUGCAGUUGCUUCAGUUACAUUAGCACCAGUUCUCUUGGCAGCCCUUUGGAACUCUGAGGAGGGAAGCAACAUAGGUUACAAAGCAGGCCUUGUGGUGUAUGUAAUUGGUGGGUUGUUAGGGAUUACUUUUGGGAUACUUGUUUUUCUUACAACAGAGAAAUCUAGUCCUCCAAAGAAAUAUAUCUUCCCAUGGCUUGCUGCAGGUUUCUUGAUGAGUAUAACUUGGAGUUAUAUCAUAGCUCAGGAAUUGAUUGGGUUGCUAAUUGCACUUGGUUAUGUAAUUGGGGUGAGCCCUUCAAUUUUAGGGCUCACAUUGCUUGCUUGGGGAAACUCAUUAGGGGAUUUGAUAACAAAUUGUACAAUGGUGUCUGUGAAUAGUGGGUCUGAUGGAGUACAGGUGGCUAUUUCAGGAUGUUAUGCAGGACCCACUUUCAACGUAUUGGUAGGGUUGGGUAUGUCUCUUGUUGUCUCCUGUUGGCAUGCAUAUCCAUCUAGUGUUUUGAUACCCAAAGAUCCUUGUCUCUUGGAGACAAUAGCUCUAUUGGUGGCUGGUUUGGUUUGGGCUCUUGUUAUUCUGCCAAAGAGAAACAUGAAGAUUGAUGGGUUUUUGGGAUCAGGGCUUUUGGCAAUAUACCUGGUAUCUAUUUCUUUAAGAGUUUUUCAGGCACUUGGAGUUGGAUCUACCUAAUUUCAUCAUCAUUUGUAAAGA